AUCAACGUUGCUCUUUAAACAGGCAUGGAGUCAAAACGAACUCCACAAAAAAUAGCAUUGUAAAAUACACAUAAUUUAGGCCGGCAUUGGUUGCCUACUGUUAAACCAGUACCAGAGACUCAUCGCCAAAAUCCCAAACGCAACAAUGGCGUGUCGUACCGUAUGUCAACUUCUCCAGCACCGUAAGUACAGUAUUUCUGACCACACAACCGCUGCCACUCAAAAAACAUGGGCUAACUACCGAAUGCUAACUAGAUAGCUUCACUGUAUACAAAAUGACCUUGGGUGUUGCUAAGUACAAGAUUAGAUGAUGAGGACAUCAUCAUCAACAAAUGUUAAUUAUGUAAACUAUGACAGUGAGAUAGUUUAUAUAGCUAAUCUCGGUUGCUGCAUCGCUAACUUGUGGGACGUGGGAUUGUGAAAAUCAGUUGCCAUAUUCUUGCUGUCAGAUGAUGUGGCUGCGUUUUUUCGGGAAUUGAUUUUCAAGGGAUAGCUAGUUCCCAAUAACACUAUUCCAAUGAAGACCAACAAAUUGUGAAUUCCAUUAAAUAUUUAAUCUUCAAACUAGUUUAGGCCUAGGAAAUUUGUAUUAUUCCUAGUGUGUUGUCUAAUCAUGUACUGCCUAUGUAUCAUUGACUCAGGGUUGGCGUCCAGUGCUGCGUCUGUGCGUCCCUCGGCUGCGGAGGUACGUGGUCAGCGCAGCGUCGUGUUUUCCCGGGAGUUGGCUCGCCAGCGCGCCCUGUACCCGCGCACGGAAAAGAUCGAGGUGACCCUGCAAAUACCUGGUCUGCAGGGCACCCUGCUUGUCAUGAACAAGGGAGUGUCCACACCACACAGCUGUGCACGCCGUGAGUACAGGGAUGAUACCUGUGUGUGUGUCUGUGUGCCACACAGCUGCAUACUUAGUACAGUACAGCCAGUGUGUGGAAUACGUUUCAUGCAUGGAUUGUCUGUAUGCUGUAUGAUUUUGUCAAGGCAGUCAGAAAAAGUAUAUAAUAUGAAUCAUAUUAAAUCUCUCUCUCAGACUUGAAAGAGUGGUAUGUAACCAGCUCUGCCCUGGCCUUAGUAGACGGAAAGCCCUGGCCCCUGCAUCAGCCCCUCACCCAAUCCUGCUCCCUCUCCCUGCUCACCUUCAAAGACACAGACCCACUGCUGGUCAACCAGGUACAACACAACACCACAUACAGUGGGGGAAAAAAGUAUUUAGUCAGCCACCAAUUGUGCAAGUUCUCCCACUUAAAAAGAUGAGAGGCCUGUAAUUUUCAUCAUAGGUACACGUCAACUAUGACAGACAAAUUGAGGAAAAAAAAUCCAGAAAAUCACAUUGUAGGAUUUUUAAUGAAUUUAUUUGCAAAUUAUGGUGAAAAAUAAGUAUUUGGUCACCUACAAACAAGCAAGAUUUCUGGCUCUCACAGACCUGUAACUUCUUCUUUAAGAGGCUCCUCUGGCCUCCACUCGUUACCUGUAUUAAUGGCACCUGUUUGAACUUGUUAUCAGUAUAAAAGACACCUGUCCACAACCUCAAACAGUCACACUCCAAACUCCACUAUGGCCAAGACCAAAGAGCUGUCAAAGGACACCAGAAACAAAAUUGUAGACCUGCACCAGGCUGGGAAGACUGAAUCUGCAAUAGGUAAGCAGCUUGGUUUGAAGAAAUCAACUGUGGGAGCAAUUAUUAGGAAAUGGAAGACAUACAAGACCACUGAUAAUCUCCCUCGAUCUGGGGCUCCACGCAAGAUCUCACCCCGUGGGGUCAAAAUGAUGACAAGAGCGGUGAGCAAAAAUCCCAGAACCACACGGGGGGACCUAGUGAAUGACCUGCAGAGAGCUGGGACCAAAGUAACAAAGCCUACCAUCAGUAACACACUACGCCGCCAGGGACUCAAAUCCUGCAGUGCCAGACGUGUCCCCCUGCUUAAGCCAGUACAUGUCCAGUCCCGUCUGAAGUUUGCUAGAGUGCAUUUGGAUGAUCCAGAAGAGGAUUGGGAGAAUGUCAUAUGGUCAGAUGAAACCAAAAUAUAACUUUUUGGUAAAAACUCAACUCGUCGUGUUUGGAGGACAAAGAAUGCUGAGUUGCAUCCAAAGAACACCAUACCUACUGUGAAGCAUGGGGGUGGAAACAUCAUGCUUUGGGGCUGUUUUUCUGCAAAGGGACCAGGACGACUGAUGCGUGUAAAGGAAAGAAUGAAUGGGGCCAUGUAUCGUGAGAUUUUGAGUGAAAACCUCCUUCCAUCAGCAAGGGCAUUGAAGAUGAAAUGUGGCUGGGUCUUUCAGCAUGACAAUGAUCCCAAACACACCGCCCGGGCAACGAAGGAGUGGCUUCGUAAGAAGCAUUUCAAGGUCCUGGAGUGGCCUAGCCAGUCUCCAGAUCUCAACCCCAUAGAAAAUCUUUGGAGGGAGUUGAAAGUCUGUGUUGCCCAGCGACAGCCCCAAAACAUCACUGCUCUAGAGGAGAUCUGCAUGGAGGAAUGGGCCAAAAUACCAGCAACAGUGUGUGAAAACCUUGUGAAGACUUACAGAAAACGUUUGACCUGUGUCAUUGCCAACAAAGGGUAUAUAACAAAGUAUUGAGAAACUUUUGUUAUUGACCAAAUACUUAUUUUCUACCAUAAUUUGCAAAUAAAUGCAUUAAAAAUCCUACAAUGUGAUUUUCUGGAAAGAAUUUCUCAUUUUGUCUGUCAUAGUUGACGUGUACCUAUGAUGAAAAUUACAGGCCUCUCUCAUCUUUUUAAGUGGGAGAACUUGCACAGUUGGUGGCUGACUAAAUACUUUUUUCCCCCACUGUAUAUAGGUAUAUAUGCACUGAGGUAUAUAGGACCCGUGUAGGGUGAAGUUGCCCUUAGAUCAGGAUCAGUUUAGCGUUUCCCCCACUAAUGGUUAGGGUUGGGAGAAGAGAAGCUGAUCCUCAAUCUGUACUAAGGGGAAACUUCACCCUGGAGCGUACAGCACCACAGAUAAUAAUGAACGGAGGUGUUCAGCACAAUGGAUCUACACUGCAAACAUUUUAAAUCUUACAGUGCCUUCAGAAAAUAUUCACAACCCUUAACUUUUUACACAUUUUGUUGGGUUACAAAUUGGGAUUCAAAUGGAUUUAAUUGUAAAACAAUAUCAACGAUCGACACAAAAUACUAUGUAAUGUCAAAGUAAAAAAAAAAAAAGUUUCUUGAUUAGAUAAGUAUUCAACCCCCUGGGUAAAUACAUGUUAGAAUCAUCUUUGGCAGCGAUUACAGCUUUGAGUCUUUUUGGGUAAGUCUCUAAGAGCUUUGCACACCUGGUGGUACAAAAUAGGUGCCCUUCUUUGCAAGGCAUUGAAAAAUUCCAUGGUCUUUUUGGUUGAAUCUGUGUUUGAAAUUCACUACUCGACUGAGGGACAUUACAGAUAAUAGUACAGUCGUGGUCAAAAGUUUUGAAAAUGACACACAUUAAUUUUCACAAAGUCUGCUGCUUCAGUUUUUAUGAUGGCAAUUUGCAUAUACUCCAGAAUGUUAUGAAGAGUGAUCAGAUGAAUUGCAAUUAAUUCCAUAUUCCCUCUUUGCCAUGAAAAUGAACUUAAUCCCCCCAAAACAUUUCCACUGCAUUUCAGCCCUGCCACAAGAGGACCAGCUGACAUCAUGUCAGUGAUUCUCUCAUUAACACAGGUGAGAGUGUUGACGAGGACAAGGCUGGAGAUCACUCUGUCAUGCUGAUUGAGUUAGAAUAACAGACUGGAAGCUUUAAAAGGAGGGUGGUGCUUGAAAUCAUUGUUCAUUCUCUGUUAACCAUGGUUACCUGCAAGAAAACAUGUGCCGUCAUCAUUGCUUUGCACAAAAAGGGCUUCACAGGCAAGGAUAUUGCUGCUAGUAAGAUUGCACUUAAAUCAACCAUUUAUCGGAUCAUCAAGAACUUCAAGGAGAGAGACCGUCUCCUAAAGUUGAUUCAGCUGUGGGAUCGGGGCACCACCAGUGCAGAGCUUGCUCAGGAAUGGCAGCAGGCAGGUGUGAGUGCAUCUGCACGCACAGUGAGGCGAAGACUUUUGGAGGAUGGCCUGGUGUCAAGAAGGGCAGCGAGGAAGCACUUCUCUCCAGGAAAAACAUCAGGGACAGACUGAUAUUCUGCAAAAGGUACAGGGAUUGGACUGCUGAGGACUCGGGUAAAGUCAUUUUCUCGGAUGAAUCCCCUUUCCGAUUGUUUGGGACAUCCGGAAAAAAGCUUGUCCGGAGAAGACAAGGUGAGCGCUACCAUCAGUCCUGUGUCAUGCCAACAGUAAAGCAUCCUGAGACCAUUCAUGUGUGGGGUUGCUUCUCAGCCAAGGGAGUGGGCUCACUCACAAUUGUGCCUAAGAACACAGCCAUGAAUAAAGAAUGGUACCAACACAUUCCUCCGAGAGCAACUUCUCCCAACCAUCCAAGAACAGUUUGGUGACGAACAAUGCCUUUUCCAGCAUGAUGGAGCACCUUGCCAUGAGGCAAAAGUGAUAACUAAGUGGCUUGGGGAACAAAACAUCGACAUUUUGGGUCCAUGGCCAGGAAUCUCCCCAGACCUUAUCCCAUUGAGAACUUGUGGUCAAUCCUCAAGAGGCGGGUGGACAAACAAAAACCCACAAAUUCUGACAAACUCCAAGCAUUGAUUAUGCAAGAAUGGGCUGCCAUCAGUCAGGAUGUGGGCCAGAAGUUAAUUGACAGCAUGCCAGGGCGGAUUGCAGAGGUCUUGAAAAAGAAGGGUCAACACUGCAAAUAUUGACACUUUGCAUAAACUUAAUGAAAUUGUCAAUAAAAGCCUUUGACACUGUAUACUUCAGUAUACCAUAGUAACAUCUAACAAAAAUAUCUAAAAACAAAAGGGCCAUAGAUACUGUAUACUUCAGUAUACCAUAGUAACAUCUGACAAAAAUAUCUAAAAUCACUGAAGCAGCAAACUUUGUGAAGACCAAUACUUGUCAUUCUCAAAACGUUUGACUACGACUGUAUGUGUGGGGUACAGAGAUGGGGUACACAUUCCAAAAUAUGUUAAACACUAUUAUUGCACACAGUGAGUCCAUGCAACUUAUCUGACUUGUUAAGCACUUUUUUUUUUAAUGCUUGCCAUAAAAGGGGUUGAAUACUUAAUGAUUCAAGGCAUUUCAGUUUUUUUUAUUUUUUUAUUUGUAAAUAUUUCUAAAAACAAAAUUCCACUUUGACAUUUUGGGGUAUUGUGUGUAGAUUAGUGACACAAAAUCUCAAUUGAAUCAUCCAUUUCAAAUUCUGUCUAACACAACAACAUUUGGAAUAAGUCAAGGUGUUUGAAUACUUUCUGAAGGCACUGUAUGUAUAUAUAUAUAUAUAUAUAUACUUGUUUUGAAUUGAUCUCGCUCACCCAGAAAAUGCAUCAAGAUAAUUGGUCCUUUUUUAAGAUAUUCUGACUUGUUUCAAGCCUUUUUUUAGGUUAAAGUAAGCAAAAUGAUUUGCCAGUGCACUAAGAUAAUUGACCUUGUUAAGACGUCAAGUCAUUGCAUUCUAAUGUUAAGAGAUCCAGUAUCUAGGUAAGAUCAACAUUUCUGCAGUGUACAUGUAGACUCUAGUGUACAGGGCCAUAGAUCCUGUAUACAGCAAACUUUUAACACCAGCCAUAUUCGCCCCCAAAGUGGUGGUUUUCUGGUGGUGGUUACUGACUGAUCUCAGAAUAAUGUCACUGUAGUGAUUGGCUGAUGGUUUAUAUUUAUGUGUGUGUGUGGCCUCUCUCUCCCUCCAUAGGCAUACUGGCGGUCGUGUGCAGCCCUCCUGGGCCAGGUCCUUCAGGAUGCCUUUAAAGAGGACUUCUCUGUGGAGCUGCUCAGAGUCCCAGAGGUGUCAGGUAUAUGCCAGGAAACACUCACACCCAUGUUUUCCCUACCAUUUUCAGUAAAAAAAACAUCAAGAAAUUACUAGCAUCUAGCUAACAGAUAGGAACUGAAUCCUAUGGGGAUUGGGGUGUUUCUUGUGUUUCUAAUCAACAGUAUACAGUGCAUUCGGAAAGUAUUCAGACCCCUUGAUUCUUUCCACAUUUUGUUACGUUACAGCCUUAUUCUAAAAUGGAUUUUAAAAAAUAUAUAUCCUCUGCAAUCUACACACAAUACCCCAUAAUGACAAAGCGAAAACACGUUUUUAUACGUUUUUGCAAAUGUAUUAAAAGUAAAAAACACAUACCUUAUUUACAUACACUACCAGUCAAAGUUUGGACACACCUACUCAUUCAAGGAUUUUUUACAUUGUAUAAUAAUAGUGAAGACAUCAAAACUAUGAAAUAACACAUAUGGAAUCGAUAGUAACCAAAAAAGUGUUAAACAAAUCAAAAUAUAUUUUAUAUUUGAGAUUCUUCAAAUAGCCAACCUUUGCCUUGAUGACAGCUUUGCACACUCUUGGCAUUCUCUCAUAUCAAUAAUAAUAUCGAACAAGUAAUAUCUAACAAUUUCACAACAUAUACCAAAUAAACACAAAUCUAAGUAAGAAAUGGAAUUAAGAAUAUAUACAUAUAUGGACGAGCGGCAUGGACUAAGAUACAGUAGAAUAUUAUAGAAUACAGUAUAUACAGUUUAAGUUACAUACACCUUAGCCAAAUACAUUUAAACUCUGUUUUUCACAAUUCCUGACAUUUAAUCCUAGUAAAAAUGCCCUGUCUUAGUUCAGUAGGAUCACCAUUUAAUUUUAAGAAUGUGAAAUGUCAGAAUAAUAGUAGAGAGAAUGAUUUAUUUCAGCUUUUAUUUCUUUCAUCACAUUCCCAGUAGGUCAGAAGUUUACAUACACUCAAUUAGUAUUUGGUAGCAUUGCCUUUUAAAUUGUUUAACUUGGGUCAAACGUUUCGGGUAGCCUUCCACAAGCUUCCCACAAUAAGUUGGGUGAAUUUUGGCCCAUUCCUCUUGACAGAGCUGGUGUAACUGAGUCAGGUUUGUAGGCCUCCUUGCUCGCACACGCUUUUUUAGUUCUGCCCACAAAUGUUCUAUAGGAUUGAGCUCAGUGCUAUGUGAUGACCACUCCAAUACAUUACAUUGACAUUUUUUUUUUACAUUUACGUCAUUUAGCAGACGCUCUUAUCCAGAGCGACUUACAAAUUGGUGCAUUCAUAUCCUAUCCCAGGUAUUCCUUAAAGAGGUGGGGUUUCAAAUGUCUCCGGAAGGUGGUGAGUGACUCCGCUGUCCUGGCGUCGUGAGGGAGCUUGUUCCACCAUUGGGGUGCCAGAGCAGCGAACAGUUUUGACUGGGCUGAGCGGGAACUAUGCUUCCGCAGAGGUAGGGGAGCCAGCAUGCCAGAGGUGGAUGAACGCAAUGCCCUCGUUUGGGUGUAGGGUCUGAUCAGAGCCUGAAGGUAAGGAGGUGCCGUUCCCCUCACAGCUCCGUAGGCAAGCACCAUGGUCUUGUAGCAGAUGCGAGCUUCAACUGGAAGCCAGUGGAGUGUGCGGAGGAGCGGGGUGACUUGAGAGAACUUGGGAAGGUUGAACACCAGACGGGCUGCGACAUUCUGGAUGAGUUGUAGGGGUUUAAUGGCACAGGCAGAGAGCCCAGCCAACAGCGAGUUGCAGUAAUCCAGACGGGAGAUGACAAGUGCCUGGAUUAGGACCUGUGCCGCUUCCUGUGUAAGGCAGGGUCGUACUCUCCGAAUGUUGUAGAGCAUGAACCUACAGGAUCAGGUCACCGCCUUGAUGUUAGCGGAGAACGACAGGGUGUUGUACAGGGUCACGCCAAGGCUCUUCGCACUCUGGGAGGAGGACACAACGGAGUUGUCAACCGUGAUGGCGAGAUCAUGGAACGGGCAGUCCUUCCCCGGGAGGAAGAGCAGCUCCGUCUUGCCAAGGUUCAGCUUGAGGUGGUGAUCCGUCAUCCAUACUGAUAUGUCUGCCAGACAUGCAAAGAUGCGAUUCGCCACCUGGUUAUCAGAAGGGGGGAAAGGAGAAGAUUAGUUGUGUGUCGUCUGCGUAGCAAUGAUAGGAGAGGCCAUGUGAGGAUAUGACAGAUCCAAGUGACUUGGUGUAUAGCGAGAAUAGGAGAGGGCCUAGAACUGAGCCCUGGGGGACACCAGUGGUGAGAGCACGUGGUGUGGAGACAGCUUCUCGCCACGCCACUUGGUAGGAGCGACCGGUCAGGUAGGACGCAAUCCAAGAGUGAGCCGCGCCGGAGAUGCCCAGCUCGGAGAGGGUGGAGAGGAGGAUCUGAUGGUUCACAGUAUCAAAGGCAGCAGACAGGUCUAGAAGGACAAGAGCAGAGGAGAGAGCGUUAGCUUUAGCAGUGCGGAGAGCCUCUGUGACACAGAGAAGAGCAGUCUCAGUUGAAUGACCAGUCUUGAAACCUGACUGGUUUGGAUCAAGAAGGUCAUUCUGAGAGCGAUAGCAAGAGAGUUGGCUAAAGACUGCACGCUCAAUAGUUUUGGAGAGAAAAGAAAGAAGGGAUACUGGUCUGUAGUUGUUGACAUCAGAGGGAUCGAGUGUUGGUUUUUUGAGAAGGGGUGCAACUCUCGCUCUCUUGAAGACGGAAGGGACAUAGCCAGCGGUCAAGGAUGAGUUGAUCAGCGAGGUGAGGUAAGGGAGAAGGUCACCGGAGAUGGUCUGGAGAAGAGAGGAUGGGAUAGGGUCAAGCGGGCAGGUUGUUGGGCGGCCGGCCGUCACAAGUCGCAAGAUUUUAUCUGGAGAGAGAGGGGAGAAAGAAGUCAAAGCAUAGGGUAGGGCAGUGUGAGCAGGACCAGCAGUGUCAUUUGACUUAACAAACGAGGAUCGGAUGUCGUCAACCUUCUUUUCAAAAUGGUUGACGAAGUCAUCCACAGAGAGGGAGGGGGGGGGGGGGAGGAUUCAGCAGGGAGGAGAAGGUGGCAAAGAGCUUCCUAGGGUUAGAGGCAGAUGCUUGGAAUUUAGAGUGGUAGAAAGUGGCCUUAGCAGCAGAAACAGAUGAAGAAAAUGUAGAGAGGAGGGAGUGAAAAGAUGCCAGGUCCGCAGGGAGUCUAGUUUUCCUCCAUUUCCGCUCAGCUGCCCGGAGCCCUGUUCUGUGAGGUCGCAAUGAGUCAUCAAGCCACGGAGCUGGAGGGGAGGACCGAGCCGGCCGGGAGGAUAGGGGACAUAGAGAGUCAAAGGAUGCAGAAAGGGAGGAGAGGAGGGUUGAGGAGACAGAAUCAGGAGAUUGGAGGGAGAAGGAUUGAGCAGAGGGAAGAGAUGAUAGGAUGGAAGAGGAGAGAGUAGCGGGAGAGAGAGAGCGAAGGUUGCGAAGGCGCAUUACCAUCUGAGUAGGGGCAGAGUGAGUAGUGUUGGAGGAGAGCGAGAGAGAAAAGGAUACAGAGUAGUGGUCGGAGACAUGGAGGGGAGUUGACUUUGUUGUCCUUAAGCCAUUUUACCACAACUUUGGAAGUAUGCUUGGGUUCAUUGUGCAUUUGGAAGACCCAUUUGCGAUCAAGCUUUAACUUCCUGACUGAUGUCUUGAGAUGUUGCUUCAAUAUAUUCACAUAAUUUUCCUUCCUCAUGAUGCCAUCUAUUUUGUGAAGUGCACCAGUCCCUCCUGCAGCAAAGCACCCCCACAGCAUGAUGCUGCCACCCUCGUGCUUCACGGUUGGGAUUGUGUUCUUCGGCUUGCAAGCCUACCCCCUUUUCCUCCAAACAUAACAAUGGUCAUUAUGGCCAAACAGUUCUAUUUUUGUUUCAUCAGACCAGAACACAUUUCUCCAAAAAGUAAGAUCUUUGUGCAGUUGUAAAACGUAGUCUGGCUUUUUUAUAGCGGUUUUGGAGCAGUGGCUUCUUCCUUGCUGAGCGGCCUUUCAGGUUAUGUCGAUAUAGGACUCGUUUUACUGUGGAUAUAGAUACUUUUGUACCUGUUUCCUCCAGCAUCUUCACAAGGUCCUUUGCUGUUGUUCUGGGAUUGAUUUGCACUUUUCGCACGUUCAUCUCUAGGAGACAGAACGCCUCUCCUUCCUGAGCGGUAUGAUGGCUGCGUGGUCCCAUGGUGUUUAUACUUGCGUACUAUUGUUUGUACAGAUGAACGUGGUACCUUCAGGCGUUUGGAAAUUGCUCCCAAGGAUGAACCAGACUUGUGGAGGUCUACAAACAAAAUUUCUGAAGUCUUGGCUGAUUUCUUUUGAUUUUCCCAUGAUGUCAAGCAAAGAGGCCUUGAAAUACAUCCACAGGUACACCUCCAAUUGACUCAAAUGAUAUCAAUUAGCCUAUCAAAAGCUUCUAAAGCCAUGACAUUAUUUUCUGGAAUUUUCCAAGCUGUUUAAAGGCACAGUCAACUUAGUGUAUGUAAACUUCUGACCCACUGGAAUUGUGAUACAGUGAAUUAUAAGUGAAAUAAUCUGUCUGUAAACAAUUGUUGGAAAAAUUACUUGUGUCAUGCACAAAGUAGAUGUCCUAACCGACUUGCCAAAACUAUAGUUUGUUAACAAGACAUUUGUGGAGUGGUUGAAAAACGAGUUUUAAUGACUCCAACCUAAGUGUAUAUAAAUCUUCCGACUUCAACUGUACAUAUGAGAUGAGUAAUGCAAGAUAUGUAAACAUUAUUAAAGUGACAUGUGUUCCAUUUCUUAAAGUGGCCAAUGAUUUCAAUAGGCAGCAGCAGCCUGUAAUGUGCUAGUGAUGGCUAUUUAACAGUCUGAUGGCCUUGAGAUAGAAGCUGUUUUUCAGUCUCUCGGUCCCAGCUUUGAUGCACCUGUACUGACCUCGCCUUUUGGAUGAUAGUGGGGUGAACAGGCAGUGGCUGAUGUCCUUGAUGAUCUUUUUGGCCUUCCUGUGACAUCGGGUGCUGUAGGUGUCCUGGAGGGCGGGUAGUUUGCCCCCGGUAAUGCGUUCGGCAGACCGCACCACCCUCUGGAGAGCCCUGCGGUUGCGGGUGGUGCAGUUGCCGUACCAGGCGGUGAUACAGCCCUACAGGAUGCUCUCAAUUGUGCAUCUGUAAAAGUUUGUGAGGGUUUUAGGUGCCAAGCCAGAUUUCUUCAGCCUCCUGAGGUUGAAGAGGCUCUGUUGCGCCUUCUUCACCACACUGUCUGCGUGGGUGGACCAUUUCAGUUUGUCAGUGAUGUGUACGCCAAGGAACUUGAAGCUUUCCACCUUCUCCACUGCGGUCCCAUCGAUGUUGAUAGGGGAGUGCACCCUCUGCUGUUUCCUGAAGUCCACGAUCAUGUCCUUUGUUUUGUUGACGUUGAGUGAGAGGUUAUUUUCCUGGCACCACACUCCCAGAGCCCUCACCUCCUCCCUUUAGGCUGUCUCGUCAUUGUUGGUAAUCAAGCCUACUACUGUUGUUUCAUCUGCAAACUUGAUGAUUGAUUUGGAGGUGUGCUUGGCCACGCAGUCAUAGGUGAACAGGGAGUACAGGAGGGGGCAGAGCACGCACCCUUGAGGGGCCCCAGUGUUGAAGAUCAGCGAAGUGAUGUUGUUUCCUCCAUUCACCACCUGGGGGCGGCCCGUCAGGAAGUCCAGGACCCAGUUGCAAAGGGCGUGGUUCAAACCCAGGGCCUCAAGCUUAAUGAUGAGCUUCGAGGGUAAUAUGGUGUUGAAUGCUGAGCUAUAGUCAAUGAACAGCUUUCUUACAUAGGUAUUCCUCUUGUCCAGAUGGGAUAGGGCAGUGUGAUGGCGAUUGCAUCGUCUGUGGAUCUAUUAGGGCGGUAAGCAAAUUGAAGUUUCCGAAGGCACUGUUUGUAACCAGCUUUUAUUUACCCUCGCUCGUUCUCUCGCUCGCUUUUUUGCUCUUUCUUUCUCUCUGGCUCUCGCUGUCUCUCUCAAAUUGAGAUUGUUUUAUUGGCAUGAAAUACAAUUUGUAGAUAUUGACAAAGCAGUAUAGUGGUACAGCAUUUCAGUAAAUACUGUACAAUGCAAUGAGGAUAAUGAAAUACAGUUCAUUUCAGUAGUAACCAAACCGUGUAGAUGAAGGGGAGGAGACAGGUUAAAGAAUGCUUUGAGAUAAUUGAAACAUGGAUUGUGUACGUGUGCCAUUCAGAGAGUGAAUGGGCAAGACAAAAUAUUGAUGUGCCUUUUGAACAGGGUAUGGUAGUAGGUGCCAGGCGCACCGGUUUGAGGGUGUGAAGUGUGAUGGGAAUUUCUGUUAAACCUUUAUCAUGCUUGUUUACUAGAAGCUUUUUCUUUAAGCCUAGUUGCUUAGGCAUUAAUUCUGAGAUUAUUGAUAUAACUAGAUCAUAUGAGAUGGGAUUAUGUGUGCAUGGGUAUGGGCCUGUUUCUAACUGUUCUAUGUGUGUAGCAUAGGAACCUAGGUUUAGAGAAAUAUGUGCAUGAUGUCUGGGCGCACAGCCAAGAGCUGACAGGCGAGACCUAUGGUUUCCUGCUAGUCAGAAGGAAAAUAACCUGUUCCUCUUAAUCUACUGAAACCAGAGCAAAGUGUUGAAUCCGGCGCACUAGUGAUAAAGCUGGUGUCCUGGCUAGGGCCUGUUGCUGGGCAAAAGGUUCAAGCGUCUGUGUGUGUUUGGGUGUCAAAUCCCACACAUCUAGGCAGACAGCGAAAGAUGCUUGCUUGCCUGGUUCGAGGGAUCAUUAAUCUACUUUUGAGGAACUAUGUCUGGGGAGAUUUCCUGUUGUUUUAACACCUAUUGUUCUCAGAAUGAGACUACCUUUUUCACAGUUAGUCUGUACCCUGUACCCCAGUUCCGUCUCAUUGUCCAGAAAAUACACGCACCAAGAUCACGAGUUUUGUACAUGCUUGCAUAAGAUGGCUUGCCUAUAUAAGGUUUCUGUACUCCUCGUGUCAUUCGGGUGGUCGUUGACCAGCUCCAUUAUUGCAAUAAUUAAUAGAUAAAUAAAGUGUGAUUGUUUGAAGAAAUAACAAAGUCUCUCCUCAUUGGUUAGAAUUUCCACGUCAGAAGAACUGCAACGCUGCUGGGUUUCUCAUGCUUAGCAGUUUCCCAUAUGUAUCAAGAAUGGUCCACCACCCAAAGGACAUCCUGCCAACUUGACACAACUGUGGGAAGCAUUGGAGUCAACAUGGGCCAGCAUCCCUGUGGAACACUUUCAACACCUUGUAGAGUCCAUGCCCUGACAAAUUGAGGCGGUUCUGAGGGCGAAAGGGGGUGCAACUUAAUAUUAGGAAGGUGUUCCUAAUGUUUUGUACACACAGUGUAUAUAAUACAUACAAUGUUUAUUCUCGCUCUCGCUCUCUGCAGUAACUUCAGGAGCAUUCUGUUGUGAUGUGGUGCUGGAUCCUCAGUUAGACGCCUGGAGCCCUUCAGAGGUCAGUGUAUGUGUGUUAUUUUCUGGUUUGUGUAAAUAUGUAUGUUAAUCUCUGGUGUGUGUAAACACUUGUUAUUCUCUGUUGUGUUCGUGUGCUUACAGUGGAGUCCGAAAUGAUUGACACCCUUGAUAAAGAUUAGCAAUAAUGACUGUAUAAAAUCAAAAAUUCAAAUACUGAGCUAUAUUGUAUGGAAAUAUUGUUUUUAUUAUAUUAUUUUAAACUAAUACAAUUCCUCAGAGAAAUAGAUUUUGUUUAACAAGUAAUAGUUUUGUUUCUUAAAAAGGUAGGGGUCAAAGUUAUUGACACCCCUAAAGAGUUUACAUAAAGUAGUCAAAGGUUUGGUUGUGUUUCAGAUUAUUUUGUGCCCAAUAGAAAAUAAUGGUAAAAAAUGUAUUUUGUAAUUUUGGAGUCACAUUUAUUAUAAGUAAGAAUAGAAUAUGUUUCUAAACACUUCUACAUUAAUGUGGAAUGCUACCAUGAUUACGGAUAAUCCUGAAUGAAUCAUGAAUAAUGAUGAGUGAGAAAGUUAGAGGGUCAAAAGAUCAUACCCCCAAGACAUGCUAACCUCUCACCAUUACCAGUAACAGAGGAGGUUAGAAUGUCUUGGGGGGGGUAUGAUCUUUGAUCCUCUAACUUUCUCAAUCAUCAUUAUUCAGGAUUCUCCGUAAUCAUGGCAGCCACCACAUUAUUGUAGAAGUCUUUAAAAACAUAUUAUUAAAAAAGUGACUCCAAAAUGACCAAAUACAUUAUUUACAAUUAAUUUCUAUUGGGCACAAAAUAAUCUGAAACACAACCAAAACGAACUGCAAAUGCAUCCAUAAAGUUUGUAGAGUCACAAGUUUAAUGUAGUCAUUGCGUGCUAGGAAUAUGGGACCAAUUACUUGACUUUGACUACUUUAUUUAUAAGAAUCUUUACGGGUGUCAAUGAGUUUUUUUUAGAUCAUUUUUAAAAAACUUGUUAAACAAUCUCUUUCUCUGAGCAAUUGUAUUAGUUUAUACAACGGGUGGGUCUAAUCCUGAAUGCUGAUUGGUUAAAACCGCAUUCCAGCCGGUGUCUAUUCCACAAGUUACCACCAUGUUAAAAUGCCUAUUUACUCUGUUCCAUCUCACUGCGCAAUCCACUGUCUCAUCAACCCAGCCAGGCACUUUAUAAACUUGAUCUCCACUAUAAAAAGCAUCUAGACAUUCUCACAUUUCUUUUAGACUAAAAUGUAGUUUUCAACAGCGGAGAUUUGUAUAAACCUUGCUGUCUGUCUCUCCGACAUUUACAACUUUGUUUCGAUAUUCAAAUUCGAUCUCCUGCUGUCCCAUAGUAAUGAACGUGUCGGGACGAGACAGAAAGGCAGGCAGCGUUUCUCAGCCAGUCGAAAUCAUGAAUCAGCUGGCAUUUUUAUGGAUACAAAGAAAUGUCUGUUGAAAAAAGUAAAAUGAAACGAAGUGCAGCUAGUUUGCAGUCUUUCCAGCUUCAGUUUGAAGUGAUUGUGUUAGCUGUGUUGUUGGCUUGCUCCUCUGAACAACAGUGUCCUGACGAGAGAGCACAUUUUCUAAGCCAGGCGAAAUUGCACCUCAUUAGCUCAUUGUUAUGGAUGUCUCCAAAUAAAUGUCACUAAAAAACAGCUUAAACAAAUGCAAAUGCCGCUACUGUUGUUAUUCUGGCUGCACUGUUUGACGUGACUGUAAGUUAGCCGUAGUUGACUAGCAAGCAAGGGAUAAGAACAGCCAGUAUGGCAAUGUAACAUUUAGAACUAAUGACUGGGUCGCGUCCAUAGAUACAGAACAAAAAAAGACUGAGCGACUGGGUCGCGUCUCUGGCAACCGAACCGAUAGAACGAACAACCAGCCGGCUUGGGUAGCAAUCCUAGAUUUGUGUCGGGACUAUAUCUUGUGGAAGGAUGAAAUAGUAUGAAUAAAUUCAUCAAAAUUACGUUUUUAUUGAAAAUAUGUCAAUCAUUAUUUGAAUAUGUUGAUAAUGCCCUCGAAGCCGGUGUUUGGAGGAUAUAUUGCCACAGUUUGCCGGCCUAACAACACCUGUGAGGAUAUAUUGGCACAGUUUGCCAGCCUAACAACACCUGUGAGGAUAUAUUGGCACAGUUUGCCAGCCUAACAACACCUGUGAGGAUAUAUUGGCACAGUUUGCCAGCCUAACAACACCUGUGAGGAUAUAUUGGCACAGUUUGCCGGCCUAACAACACCUGUGCCAAUAUAUCCUCCAAACACCGGCUUCUUGGGCAUUAUCACUUAUAUAAAAUAUAUAUAUUUUAAAUAUUGCAUACAUUAUACAGUCAUUGUUGCUCAUCUUUAUCAAGGGUGUCAAUCAUUUCGGACCCCACAGUGCAUGUGUGUUGAGCAAAGUGAAAUGACCUGAGAGUGUGUGUGUCCCAGGAGUCCCUGCGCUCUCUGACACGUGGUGCUCAGCAGCUGAUCCAUCAGGACCUGCCCUGGGAGCCUCUGGAGGUAGCGCCCCCAGUGGCCCUGGAGGUCUUCUCUCACAGCAGGUACUUUAUUUCUAGACCCUCUGUUGUUCAAUUGUAUCAUUUUUGGGGGAUAGAAUAUACAAGACAAAACCUAAAUAAUGCAAAGGUAUUGAAUUUGGCUAUCAGUACCCCCUUUCGGAGGACUGAGAAUGUGUAGCAGCUUGUUACGUGCUGUUAUAACAGGUUAUAACCUCCUAAAUGAAAAUAAGGCAGAUGCAACAACCAGCUCUAUGAGACCCAUAUCAAAUCAAAUCAAAUCAAAUCAAAUUUUAUUGGUCACAUGCGCCGAAUACAACAGGUGCAGACAUUACAGUGAAAUGCUUACUUACAUAAGAGCUGACGUUGUGUUUGUGAACAGAACUAGCAUUCUCAAUUACAUAGGUAUUUAAUGGAAAAGAAACACAAUACAAACGUUGGAUUUCACCUUAGGUCAUAGAUGUGUAUGGCUUGUUGGUAGCUAUUUUCUGGACUGAAGGUCUAUUGGCAAAGCCAGAUUCGAAACCUCUCUUCUCUUGCAAUAUUUUCCCUUCUAUCCCUUUUCCUCCAUGUUUUCAUAGCUAUUUUUCACUUAUUUUACUCUGUUUCAUAUUCUCUCUUCCAGUGUUCUAGCUGUGCCUGUGUCUUUGUCUGUGUUUGCAGGUGUAAGCAGGAGGAAGUGGAGGAGAAGUCAGCACAAAGUCCUAAAGGCACAGUGAUGCUCUACAGGUGAGCUACAGGAACUGUACCGCGGUAGAUGUCUCUCUCUCUCUCUCUCUCUCUCUCUCUCUCUCACACACACACACUAUUCACAUCCUUAUUGAGACACACUCAUCUUCACUGUGUUCUCAUACACACUCAUACACAUAUAUGACACACAUACUCUUGUCUCACCUCCUAUCUGUCUGUCUCUUAGGUGUGGGGACCAUGUUCUGUUGAGUGGGGGCCCCUUGGUGGCCAGGACAGGGCUGUGCUCUCAGUACGAGGUCACCGCCAUCCACCCUCUAGGAGAGGACGAGUGGGGUCUCCACCGCCGGGCCCAGGGGCUCUCACUGCCCCUCCAGCUACAGGUACAUAAUCACGCGCACACACACACACACACACACACACACACACACACACACACACACAUCUGCAGGAGAUGUUUCUGUCUAUGUAUGAAGCAUCUUAGAAUGUAUCCGAUUUGUGAGUGAGUGUCAGUGAGGUGAUUAGUUUCACUGAGUGAGUCAUUCAUCGAUUUCUUCUGUUCUCUUUCCUUAGGCCCACCACACUGUGUGGAGGAAACUGAGGAGCAGGGCAGAGAAGCUGGUAAAGAAAAUAACCUCAUUACUUUUUUGAAGUUGUAGCUUGUAUGCGACAUACCUAGGGUGUUGUCAUUUCAUCUGAACUGUUUUUAAGGUUGUUGUCUGGUUAUUUACCAAUGUCCAGAAUCACCUGGCUGGCAUUUUUACAGCAUGUAGCAGUGCUACUGGAAAUCGAUGGAGACAGCUAGCGGUGCAUUCAAAAGCAUUACAAAUGUUGUGAGGAUCAGGUUACGCUUCCACAUUAUUUUGAAUGGUUUGGAUGAAACAACAGCACCGUAAGUAAGUCAAAAAUGAGUUAAAACGCAUCAUCACACUUUUAGAUUUUUACUGAAAGGGUUCUAUCUCGAAAAUCUGUUCUGCUGACGUGCACCAUUUUUGGUCCAUAUCAACAGUUGACUAAUGAACAAAAUACAUGUGUUUGAGUAAAGUGAUCCUUUAAAAAGUGAAAUAUCCCUUUAAGAAUCUCUAUCAGUAUCUAUUCAUACUUAAUUAUUGAACUGCAGAUUUAAUCCUAAUGCCUCUCCCUCUCUGCAGGUUGAGGUGCCCACAGGAUCAGUCAAUGAAACUGUUUCAGAUACAUUGACUCCGCCCUCUGCCCCUAAACAGACUCCUCCCCCUACCCCCCAACAAUGAUCAUGUCUAUAACCUUGUCAUUAAAUAUGUCUUUGUAAUAUUUGUGGAAUAAAUGUAUAACGUAUGAAAA